UUUGGAUUACAGAUACAACCAUCUUCUUCCUUUUGAUAGUUCAUCAACAUGUCAACCUACCGCAAGAUUCAAGCAAAAGAGCUUGGUAACAACUUCAGAGCCGUGACCGAGAUCGUCGAGGCCAGCCUAGACGAUUUGCUAUCAAAGAUGCAACCCGAUAGCAUCGUUACCAAGAACCAUUAUGUCGCUAUCAAUGCCUCCGAUGUCAACUUCACCAAUGGAAAAUAUACUCCAGAUGUCAAGCCUCCAUUCGACGUUGGCUUCGAGGCUCUUGGUGAAAUCAUUGCUGUUGGAUCAAAGGUCCCGCAAAGCAAAGUUGGCUCCUAUGUCGCAAUCAUGCAAUACGGUGCUUUCUCUGAAUAUACUUUGACAAAGUUCACAUUGGCCAUCCCAGUACCUGACUUGAAACCCGAAUAUCUUGGAUUAAUUUCAUCGGGAUUGACGGCUUCAAUCGGCUUAAGAGAACCAGGUAGAAUGACAAGUGGAGAGACCGUUCUUGUGACAGCAGCUGCUGGCGGUGCUGGUCAGAUUGCAGUACAGCUUGCAAAGCUUGCUGGAAACCACGUCAUUGGUACCUGCUCUAGUGAUGAAAAGGCUGCUAUGCUUAAGUCUAUGGGAUGUGAUCGUGUCAUCAACUACAAGAAGGAGGACUUUGCCAAGGUCUUGCGAAAGGAAUAUCCCAGAGGAGUUGAUAUUGUUUUUGAAAGUGUUGGUGGAGACUUCUUCAAGACAUGCCUGCGCAACUUGGCCCCCAAAGGUCGUUUGUUGGUCAUCGGUACCGUCUCUACUUAUAACUCUGAAAAGGGUAUUCAAGGUGACAAGGUUGACACCUUGCAACUUCUUUCCACUUCUCGUACCAUUUCUGGUUUCUUCAUGCCUGCCUAUGCCAGCCAUUUCCAACAGCACAUGAAAGAGAUGGUUCAAGCCUUGUCAUCAGGCAAACUUAUUGUCCAGGUCGACGAUGGUGGUUUGUGUGGCCUUGAAGAGGUUGCAUUCGGUGUGGAAAAUCUCCUCCAAGGCAAGAAUAUGGGUAAGGUCGUCAUCCCUUUGUUCAAAUCACGACCCAGACUGUAAUUCAACGCUGGAAGCUGGACACAGCCUAAUCUCAUUCAAUAAAUAUGGUUGCUGUUAAAUUACUA